CUAAACUCUUGAUUUUAUUUUCCCCACCUUGAAAAUGCAUUAAAUAAAAUCCCCAUAUUUUCCCUAUAUAAACCUCCUCAAGUUCACUCCUACUAGCCAGCCACCUCAAAGCUCUCACAUUGAUUCCUCAAUCACCCUCAUCAACUACAAAAUAUGGCUUCAGCAGCAUCAUUAUACGAAGUGUUGGGGAUCGCGGCAAGCGCAAGCCGCCAUGAGAUAAAAGCCGCGUACCGUAAGCUAGCAAGAAGUUGUCAUCCUGAUGCAGUAUCUAUGAAUCAAAAAGAAAUGUCAGCUAAUGAGUUCAUCAAAAUUCACGCAGCUUAUUCAACUUUAUCGGAUCCUAAUAAACGUGCAAAUUACGACACUGAUCUUUUUAGGCACCGUCUGUCUUUUAAGUCUUCAUCAAUGGUUGCAGCAGCUUCUGGUUUUGGCUCUAGAAAUAGGAACUGGGAGACUGAUCAGUGUUGGUAACUUUGCAUAGCUAGUUUUAAUUGUAUUUUUAAGACUCAUGUACAAAGUUCAGUUUAUGUUAAUUGUGUAAUUAGCUAGCAUGUAAAGUUUUUUUUUACUUUCUAUAAAUUUUCAUUAAAAAGGUCACUUAUAAA